CAGGACUGAGGAAGGCGGAUCCUCUGACGUCGCCGUCAAGCUGCUCGGCUGCGUCAGCUGAGCCAACGAAGAAGGAAACAAGGAAUAAAAGGGAGAGAGGUUCGGAAAGGCCGGGGAGAGCGGACCCAGAGAGUCGUGGAGACAGACCUGUUGUCGAGCACAUUGCGGACGGACGGACGGACGGACGGACGGACAUGGAGGGCAGCACGGAGGAAGAGUACAAGGAGAAAUUAUUAUGGAACGUCAAACGAGAGGUGAAGCAGAUUAUGGAAGAAGCAGUGACAAAGAAAUUUGUCCAUGAAGACAGCAGCCACAUCAUUGCUCUGUGCACUGCCAUUGAGGCCUGCCUGGGUCAUCUGUUGAAGAGACGGGCAGCUGGGUUUCUCCGCAGCGACAAGAUCGCAGCCCUGUUCACCAAAGUUGGCAAAGUCUACGACACCGCCGGCGAAGUUUGCCGUAAAGUUCAAGAGCAGCUUCAGCAGCAGGCUGAACUCACAAGGAGAACCCAGAGCGUGGGCCAUGAACCUCUGAGGAGACAGGGCUCCUCCACCACCAGCCGCCCCCCUCAGCCCCUCUCUGCCCAGGCCAUCAAACACAUCUGGGUCCGCACGGCUCUCUUUGAGAAAGUUCUGGAUAAGAUAGUUCAGUACAUCGUGGACAACUCUAGUAAAUACUAUGAGAGGGAAGCUCUGAUGCAUGACUCAGUCUUCGGGCCCAUCUUGGCAGCCCUCCUAGUGGGGCCCUGUGCUCUGGAAUACACCAAGCUGAAGACGUCAGAUCAUUUCUGGACAGACCCUUCAGCCAACGAGCUGGUUCAGCGCCACCGUAUCCACGGGGCCCACCGGGGCCAAGAUGUCUCCGCCGGCCGCCGGCCUGCUCUAGGGAUUCGCAAGAGGCAGUCCAGUGGCAGCAUGUCAGAGGACAGGUUUGCUGCGUCAGCGAGGGAGUAUGUGGAGUCUCUUCAUCAAAACUCCAGAACACACCUUCUCUACGGCAAAAACAACGUUCUCGUGCAACCGAAGAAGGACAUGGAGGUGUUGCGGGGUUACUUGUCACUUCACCAGGCUGGGGAUAACCUCACCCUGAAGUGGACACCCAAUCAACUCAUCAACGGCACACUGGGAGACUGUGACCUAGAGAAGAGCAUCUAUUGGGACUAUGCACUGACUGUUCCUCUGCGCCAGAUAGUCUGCAUUCACUGUCACCAACGCCCUGAUUGUGGGGGGACGCUGGUUCUGGUCAGUCAGGAUGGGAUCCAGCGGCCGCCCCUGCACUUCCCUCCUGGUGGUCACCUCCUGGCCUUUCUCUCCUGUCUGGAAACAGGCCUACUACCACGGGGUCAACUGGAACCACCCCUUUGGUCCCAGAAAGGCAAGGGGAAAGUGUUCCCUAAACUGAGGAAGAGGAGCAGUACAGCCAGGCUUAUUGACCAGGACAGGAGCGAUGAAGAGCAAACAGCUGCUGACUACGUGUUUCGCAUCGUCUACCCUGGAUACCGCUACGAUGCCACAGUCACUAUAAACUACCACCACACCACGGGCAGCCGUGCUCCGUCGCUGGACGAUGACGAGGAAGAGGAAGAUAGGCUCCAUGCUAUGAUCUCAAUGAUCUGCUCGCGGAACCUCACAGAUCCUAAUGUCAUGAAAGACCACGGGGAGAUGAUGGAGAUGCAGGGUUUCGGAGGCAGCCCGUCGUCGUGGCAACAGGCCGAAGUAACCACUCAUGAGUCUCUGUGCCAGUCCUGCUCCACGGCCGGUAGCAACGUGUCAUUCGACUACCCAGCUGGCUGUACCUGCAUACAUGACCCAUCCGAUAUUCACACUGUUCCUCUUAAGAUGCUCUGCCAGAACAUGAAGAGGCAGAUAGUCUCCAGAGCCUUCUAUGGAUGGCUGGCCUACUGUCGACACCUGUCCACAGUGCGGACUCACCUGUCAGCUCUGGUCAACCACAACAUCGUCCCCCCAGACAGACCCUGUGAGGCGUCCGGAGGUCUCAGCAAAGAAGUAUGGAGCAAGUACCAGAAAGACUGCAAGAACUAUAAGGAGCUGGAGCUGCUCCGGUUGGUUUAUUAUGGGGGAGUGCAGCACGAAAUCAGGAAGGAGGUGUGGCCUUUCCUGCUGGGACACUACAAGUUUGGCAUGGGCAAAAAGGACAUGAGCCAGAUUGAUGCAAAGAUCAGUGAGCGCUACCAGCAGGUGAUGCAGGAGUGGAAGGCCUGUGAGGUGAUCGUGAAGCAGAGAGAGAAGGAGAUGCAGUCGGCCAUCUUUGCCAAACUCUCCUCAGGCAGCAGCAUCGACAGCCACGUCCUGCGACUCGUGCACAGAGACUCCACACUCAGCAAUGAGGUGUUCAUGUCUGUGGAUGAGCCAGAUGCAAGCAGCCAGGAGACCCCCAGUGGAGAGGACAGCACUCCCACCAUGACCACCAUGGUCCCCCCUGCUGCCCUGCCCCCUGAGGAGCGUCCUCUGGUAGAGUUUGACUCCCCUGACUCGGGUCUACCUUCAUCCCGAAACUACUCUGUGACCUCUGCUCACUCCCAGAUCCUGUCCAGCAUAGAUGACGGUCAGAGCACAGAGGAGGAGGGGGGGGGCACUGAGGAGGGCAGGACUCCAGGGGGACGUCAGGACUCUCUGACUGAAGACAGACUGUGCAGUCAGCUGGACAAACUGAUGACCAAUGGAGCAGCUGCUGAGGGGAUGUCUCCUUCUCUCUCCUCUUACACAAUUGAGCUGUUGGAUACAGUCGCCCUCAAUCUUCACAGAAUAGACAAAGACGUGCAGCGCUGUGACCGCAACUAUUAUUACUUUACUACAGGCAACCUGGAGAAACUACGUAACAUCAUGUGCAGCUAUGUGUGGGAGCAUUUAGAGAUGGGCUAUGUUCAGGGCAUGUGUGACCUGCUUGCUCCACUUAUGGUCAUUCUGGAUGAUGAGUGCCUGGUGUACAGCUGUUUCACUCAGCUAAUGAAGAGGAUGAGUCAGAACUUCCCUAAUGGUGGAGCCAUGGACACACACUUUGCCAACAUGAGGUCACUAAUCCAGAUUCUGGACUCGGAGCUGUUUGAACUGAUGCAGCAGAAUGGAGACUACACUCACUUCUACUUCUGUUAUCGCUGGUUCCUGCUGGACUUUAAGAGAGAGCUCCUGUAUGAGGAUGUGUUUGCGGUGUGGGAGGUGAUCUGGGUGGCACCCAGGAUUUCCUCGCAGCACUUUGUCCUCUUCCUGGCCUUGGCACUGGUUACAGUUUACCGUGAGAUCAUCAUGGACAACAACAUGGACUUCACCGACAUAAUUAAGUUCUUUAAUGAGAUGGCUGAGCGUCAUGAUGUCCAGCAUAUCUUGAAGAUAGCGCGUGAGCUGGUGCACAAAGUCCAGUCUCUGAUGGACAACAAGUGACUGCAGUGGAAGAAGGAGAGAAGGAGGAGUAAGAGGAUACAAAGGGAGAAAUUGUCCGUACCCCCUGGAAACUCCUCUCCUCCAUCGAAGACAGAGUGUUGGCCAACCUCCACCCAUCCAGAGAGGAGUCCAGGUGUCCCCCUCCCCAGAUGAAGGCCGUGGGCAGCAGCACCUGGCUCUGGAGCUCCGCCUAGAUCUGUUUACAUUCACCUUUACAUGGAAUGCCCAUGGUGUCUGUUCAGACAUGUGGAUUUGUCUGCAUGCUUGUGAGUUUGAUCACACUGUGAACGCAUUCUUGAGUCUCCCUAGUCCUACAGAGUUUGUGUGCGUGCAUGAAAUCGCACAUACGUACACUCCAUUUUGGCUCUAUCAAUACUCCAGUUUUCUAGAGUUGCACUUUUUUCCUUGACUCUGAAACAGAACCUAUUUGGAUGCCUGUCAGGGAGACCAAAGUGGUCUCAGUGGUUGGCAGAUGUUUUCCUUGGUGCAGUGCCAUCGGAAGCCAGCAGAGUGCAGGAUUUACACCCACCAGAGGAGCAGAAGACUUAGCCACGAAGACGUUUUCAUUAGUGACCAAAUGGACUGUGCCAACUACAUUUUCAUGAGUGUUUUCUACAACAAGCAUGUGUGUUUUUACCCCUGUCCUUUUUUCUUUUUUUCUAGAAAUUCAUUAUAACACAAAUGUUGCCUUUACCAGUAAUGGCCCAAGGUACUUAGUUGCACUUUUUGUGAGAGUUCCCUUCAUGGUGCCUGUGAAGGCCUUCCACAGUAGCUGGGGGCCGGAGGCAUCACCAGAGGCCAAACUGUUGAGAACCUCAGGAUGAACUGGAGCCAACUUUUCUGAACACGCCAGUCAGUGUUUAAAGCAUGUUCCACCCUCGUUCCAAAACAGCAGAUAAAAGAGCAGCAGAGCACAACAGUAAAGGCAAAAGCACACAGGCCUGCCUCCUGACUUUAAAACUAAACUAGUGCCAGGAUUGUCAGGGCUGCAGCUCCCUUUAUCAGCACUAUGACGAGUUCAUCUGCUGUAAUUACAUGCAUACUGCCGGAAUUUAAUUCUUGUUGGUAGUUCUUAAAGUAAAUGUACUAAUAUUUGACCAUUUACAGCCAGAAAGGAAUUCAAAUAAAGUGAUUUAGUAAUCACUACCACAGUUGUUUACUGUGUGCAGCAGCAUGAUAAAGACUUUACAACGCAUUUACAGAAUAUAUCAUUUUAAAGUACCUUAAGUAUUUUUUCAAAUUCUCUGAGAUGUUUUCAUGUUGAGUCAGUAAUGCACUUAUGUCAGUAUUUCCAGCCGUAGCUCAGACCAUGUUUCACUCAGCCGUGUCUGAAUUUUUUAAACGCCACCAGGCUGUGAAACACAAUGACUGAAGGACACAUUUUAAAUAUAUGUGUUCUGUUAAUCAAGUAUUAUAUAUCUGUGACUGAUAAGAAGAAAUAGACAUGCCAGGUUGAGACAGAAAAGCAGAAGAAAAUCCCAUGAAACACCACAUUAAGAAAAGCCUUUGAGGAUGGAAGGAAAGUGACUAAGUGAUUAUUUGAUCAUGUCUAAAGGUGGAUAUACCUUUAAGAAUAAGGCUGGCAGUAUUUAUAGAUUUUCUGCUGUCCAAAAAUCCUAUGAAAUCCCUGCUGAAAACAUAAAUCUUUCAAACUCAGUCUCAAACAUGUAGUUUCAUCUCAGUCAUUUCCUCAAACAGUCAGAUGUUGUAGUUUUAGACCAACAUUACACAAACAAGGCUAAAUUGGACUUUUGUGGUGUAGCUCAGUUUGACACAGUUUUGUAUUUCACUAUUGCCCUUGUGGGAUUGCAGAAACUUAAUGGUUCAACUGUUUACUCACAAGAUUUUUAAAAAGUGAAGAUUUCCCCCAUCUGUUCAUACUUUUUGUUUCAACUUCAGAAUCAGAAUCAGCUUUCAUGUCCAGUAUGUACACAACAUACAAGGAAUUUGGUUUUGGCUGUUGGUGUCACCCUGGGAUAAUAUAGUUACAUAAUAAUUACAUAAUAGUAAAAUAAUUAUUGAAAGAAGAAGAGAAAAAAAUUAUAGUACAAAGAAAAUAAUGAUAAUAGUAGUAUAUAUAUAUAUAUAUAUAUAUAUAUACACACACACACACGUGUGUGUGUGUGUGUGUGUGUGUGUGUGUGUGUGUGUGUGUGUGUGUGUAUAUAUAUAUAAAACUAGAAAAGACUAUAUGAACACAGUAGAAUGACAGUUACUAGAGUGAGAGUAUGGUGCAAAAAGCAGAGAAUAUUGCUCUUAGUACAAAAAUAAUAUACAUAUUUGUGCUCAUUACCUUCACUUACUGUCAACUAUUUCAACUAGUUUCUAUUGAAGUUAUAAGCAACUUCAAACUGAUGCAACCGAUUUCACCAUUUAUACAUCACUUUCCAGAAACUGUUUCAAUUCGUUUAAUAUUAAGUAACCAUUUUGACCAUUUAUAUGUUUUAGUUCUUUCAUCUGUGCGUUACUCAGCUAACACUUUUCACUAUUUGCUCAUAACUUUUAGGUAACCAUUUAUUAUUACACCAUGCUAACUAUCUCAACUGGUUAUCCAUAACUUUUAUCCAUUUUAGCCAUCAUUACAUCACUAAUUAUUGUUGCUAACUGUGUCCAUGGCUUUUAGCUUACCAUGUAUUGACUGCUUGUAGAAAGCUACUUAGAGUAUUUAAAUGAUAGUUAAUACAUUAUUUAUAGUAAACUAUCAACUCAUUUUCACUUUCUUGGCAAAUUUUCAUGCUGAAAACUGAAAUCCUCCGUGUCCAGGCUUGCUCAUUCUAAGCACAUAUCCUAAAUCAAAGUGUAAUUCAUAUUUUUGUGAUUAGUUGAACUCUUUUUUGCUUCUAACCCCCAAACCAUAUUCCUACUUGUGAGUAUAGGACACUUUUUCCAGAAUUUCUGCGAUAUCUUACCAUUAAUCACAUUGAGGUGGACUAUAUACUAUUACUAUCAAUACAAUUAGUUCCAUUAUUUCAGUAAAUAUUAGACCACACAUCUGAACUGUAUUAUGAGGUUUUAGCCCAAUGUUGCAAAUGAAUCCAGUUAAAUGAAUGUAAAAAUGGCUAUUGAAUAGCCAUUGUCAAACUAUGCUGUAUGUAUGAGAUUUGGCUGCAGCCCAGAUACAAACUAAAACCUGCAGCGGUAUUUCCCUUUAAUCAGGGCACAUUUUGUUGGGAAUUCCCAGGAAGAACCAGAAUCAAGGAUCUCUGUGGUACUGAGUAAUAAAAUACCAUUCUCUGGAUACACACCCUGUACUUCAGGAGACAUUUUGUCUUUUCAUGGAUUGAACAGACGGUAAUGUAGAUCUAGAAUCGCACCAACUCUGCUCUUUAAAUGAGUUCCUCUUAUCGUUUGGAACUGGAGUGAAACAUGCUCACUGAUCUGAAGGCACCAUGAAGACUGUUACACUUCUUACUGCAUUCAGCAACACUGUUCAGAAAACUGGUUGCAGUUGUCCUCGUGGAACCUGAAGUCCAGCCUCUGAACAUCCAACAUGCUUGGACUGGGUUGGUCUAAAUCACAGAUUUGUGGUCCCAGGUCCUGAAGAAAAGCUAGCAGAGAAGAAGCUGCUUUUAAUGCCAAACGUUCUCCGGUGUUCAGUGUUCAGUAUUCCAGCUGCUUUGGGCUUCAGGGUAACAGCACAUUCCUGUUUGUAUCUGAAGGGAGUCGGGGACAUUUUUGAUACCGUUUCCACUCCCCCCUUGUCAGUGUGACUCUUGACGUCUAACCCUCCUCGUCUCCUUAAAGUGUCCAACAUGGCUGCAUAUGAUUGGUCAUCCAGCACGGACCUGCACCUGUGAUUCAUGUGCCAAGAGUCUUCCCCAAUCCUGAAGUGUACUGUAGUCAUCCGGCUCUCUGAUUCGCUAGUUUGAUCCCAGGAUCGGGCAGUGGCAUGGAUGUGCCUCGCUACGGCCUCCCCUCCCUCCCCCCACCUCGCCACCACGGCGACGGAGGGCGGUCGGUGGGGGGAACCGCGGCCCGUGGCAGAGCUUUUUCUUCCAAUCAGGACAAUGUGUACCAAAGCCUUGAAACAGCCCCCUCCGUGGCAUGAUGACAAUGUGCAAUUUCAUACUGCAUCUUGAAGACUGACUGUUUACUAUGUGUGUAAAAUAUUUUUGAAAAUGGUGUUCUUGAAUUCUUUUAACUACUGUGCAAUUUCUGUCGUUUGAGAAUCCCAUCAAAGUCUAUAUUGCUGUACAUAUGAACCAAAAGCCCAAUAUUUCUAUGACGACAGUCCAGACACACACACACAUAUAUAUAUAUAUAUAAAUAUAUAACUUAUUUUGAGAUCUAUUUUUUAUGUUGGUUUUAGCAGCACUAGUCGGAGGUGUAUACUGUGCAGAAAUGCAGAAUGUGUGCAGACUAUGUUACACGUUGACUGUUAAGUGUUCUUUCUCAAUGUUGUGCACUGACUUCAAGAUUUCAAAUUUCUAUUUAUUUAGAGAGCCAAUGAUUGCAUUGCUGAAUAUGUAUUGGUAAGGAUGUAUCAUUUACCUUGAAUGUAAUGUAUUAUUAAAUAAGAGGUUGUUCAUUA